ACUUACAAAAGUUAACCAUCGACUAAAGUCUGACCAGCUACGUUGAUAACUUUAUCUUUACACCCAAUAUAUAUAUAUACAUAUAUAUAUUAACAAAUAUUUUAAAAAGUACUCUUAUUACAGUAUACGUUUAUUGGUGCGAAUCAGAACACGAAACCGGUCUAAAGAAGGAGGAGGAGAAGAAGAAGAAGAAGAAGAAGAAGAAGAAGAAGAAUAAGAAGAAGAAGAAGAAGAAGAAGGAGGAGGAGGAGGAGGAGAAGAAGAAGGAGGAGAAGAAGAAGAAGAAGAAGAAGAAGAAGGAACAAGGAAAACUUGUGGAAUAGUGAUACCUGAGCCCGUUACGUUAGUAUCAAUCUUUUCCCCAAGUCAACUUGGUAAAACACGUUUAUAAAGUGUGAUCAGAUACCGAAUUUAGAUAUAGAUAUAUUUUUUAAAAUAUAUAUAUAUAUAUUUAUAUCACGGUUUUUACUCAGUUCUUUGCUGACUUGUUUAGCUAGCUAACAGUAUCUAACGUUUUAGUUAGUUGGAACUUUGUUGUUUAGCGAGUUGUUGCUAGGUAGCUGCUAGCGAUAGCAUCACAUAGACUAUAUGUGAUAGCAUUAUGCUACAUGACUGUGGAUGCCAGUCAAAUGAAUACAAAAACACGUUAGCAUAUCUGCUACUGUACAAGUAACUGCAGCCGGCUAGCUGUUAGCUAUAUAAUGUAUAUUACAAUAGCGCUUGGUGGGAAUCUAUUCGUUUUAACAUUUUAGAGUUACUAACCUGACACAAGGGAUAUAAAUCAUUAUUUGCAUUCCGUGAGUCAAGACGAAAGUCCAAAUCACCUGUUGAAUGCACAGAAAGUGAUCAAGGAAGGAACUUCUGGACAUCCCAAAAAGCGCCAACUUGAAUGAAGAAACCACCAUCAUCAUCAUCAUCAUCAUCAUGAAAGUGACAGUGACAUUUGGACAGACGAGGGUCGUGGUUCCGUGUAAGGAGGGAUGGAAAGUCCGUGAUCUCAUUCAACAAGCCACACAGAGAUACAGAAAGUUAUUGGAACAGGAGGGUGACUUCCUGGUUCGUACCCACCAUGUGGAGUACUGUGACGGGGGCAUCCUGGACCCUGAUGAUGUACUGACUGACCUGGUGGAGGACAGAGACAAGCUGAUGGCCGUCUAUGAGGAGCAGGAGGCCCAGCGGAGAGGAGCUGUGAGUCCCAGAGCAGGAGCAACAGGAAGAACCAGCCAAGACCCCUAUGACGCCGAGGUCUCCGUCUUCCAGCCAAUCAGAGGAGGAGAGAUAGAGGUCAACUCCUCAGCUCUUAAAUCCAACACUCCCCUGCUUGUAAGGAGUAGCAGUGAAUCAGCCCUCAGCCCCCCAGUGGAGACGUCACAGCCCCCGCAGCCUCAGGAGCCCAACGACAGGCCUGGCCCUGAACCCCCCACGGGGGUGAACCAUGGACUGGACAAAACUGGAGGACACAGAGCUGAUGUCUCGACUACCAAACUCAACACAUUCUCUCUCAGCCUGACCAAGACAGUGGAGAUCUCAGGAGAACACGGUCCGCUGGGGAUCCACGUUGUUCCUUAUGUCUCCUCUCUCAGUGGACGGGCUCUGGGCCUGCACAUUCGUGGUGUGGAGGAGAACAGUCGCUCUAAGCGAGAGGGGAUCUUCCAGGACGAUGAGUGCAUUGUUAAAAUCAAUGAUACAGAGUUAAUGGACAAAUCCUUCACCCAGGCACAGGAAGUGUUCCGUCAUGCUAUGCGGUCCCCCAUGGUGCGUCUGGAAGUAGUUCCUGUCUCCAACAGGGAGAGGUACGAGAAGAGCCUGAUUGGUCAGCUCUUCAACCAACCGGGCAGUCCCAAAGUCACACCCAAGACUUCCUCUAAGGAGCCUCCUUCAAUCAAACCUGCCUUUAAGCCCUCUGACUCUCCUACUGCCCGAAUGGCUGAGGACAGCAGCAGCCUAGAGGGCCGACCAAUGGGAUCCCCCCAUCUCGCCCACCCUGUCCCCGUCAGCGUAUCCCCUGUCCCCAAGGAGAAGAGUGACAGCCCACUCCUGAAGAGGAGUCCCACCUUCUCUACCCUGGUGGGCUUCACCAGCAAGAAAGGAGGGAAGAGACUGAAGAUCGAUUUAAAGAAAGGUCCCGAGGGUCUGGGCUUCACAGUGGUGACCAGGGACUCGUCUGUCCACGGUCCUGGUCCUAUCCUGGUCAAGAACAUCCUGCCGCGCGGGGCCGCCGUCAAAGAUGGACGCCUGCAGUCAGGUGAUCGGAUCUUGGAGGUGAAUGGUGUGGACAUCAGCAGGCGCAGCCAGGAGGAGUUGGUGUCCAUGUUGAGGAGCACCAGACAGGGAGACUGUGUUGCUCUGCUUGUGGCCAGACAGGAAGAUGUUUUCCUGCCCAGAGAACUGAAGGAGGAGGAGGCACGUGCUGUCCUGCUGUCCGAGGAAGGGAAGGAGCAGCUGAUGUUUGAGGUUCCUCUGAAUGACACAGGGUCCGCUGGUCUAGGCAUCAGCCUGAAGGGCAACAAGUCCAGGGAGACAGGAGAAGACCUGGGCAUCUUCAUCAAGUCCAUCAUCCAUGGUGGAGCUGCGUACAAGGACGGUCAUCUGCGUGUCAACGACCAGCUGAUAGCGGUGAACGGAGAGUCUCUCCUGGGGAAGUCGAACCAUGAAGCCAUGGAGACCCUGAGGAGAUCCAUGUCUAUGGAGGGGAACUUGAGGGGCACGAUACAGCUGGUGGUGCUACGAGCCCUGGUCCAAUCAGAGGAUCCAUUUGUCCCUUCGAACCAGUCUUUUGAUGCCUCUGUCAGCUGCCCAGCCAGAUCAGCUAACAACUCAGCAGCCCAGCUGCCUGUGGUCAACAACGUCAUCUAUGAGAGAUCUAAUGUCUUUAAUGGAAGUUCCGCCCACGUUGGUGAAGAGGAUGACGACGAGGAGCUGACUCUUAUAUCUCCCCGUCAGGAAGCCCUGAGUCUAGCCCCAGGGGAUAGCUCCACCAGGCCCAUCCCUGGACCAGUCCCAGGUGAUAGCUCCACCAGGCCCAUCCCUGGACCAGUCCCAGGGGAUAGCUCCACCAGGCCCAUCCCUGGGCCGGCCCCGGGGGAUAGCUCCACCAAGCCCAUCCCUGGACCACAGCUGGCCCAGUUUCAGUACCACCACACCAAGACCUCCAAGACCUCCAAGAGCAUGGACCUGGUGGCAGAUGAAAGCAACGUGGGAUCACUAGCAGGCCACAGGUCAGAGCCCUCCCCGGCCGUGGACCUUGGUCCUACCUUGGGUUUGAAGAAGUCCAGUUCUCUGGAGAGUCUGCAGACGGCCAUGUCAGAGGUCAGGAAGAAUGAGCCCCUCCCCUUUCACAGGCCACGCCCCCACAUGGUCAGGGGGAGGGGCUGUAACGAGAGCUUCAGAGCGGCCAUUGACAAAUCUUACGACGGACCAGCUGAUGAAGAUGAUGAUGACCUGUCAGACCAGAGUUCAGGAAGGGACACCCCUGCCAGCGGCUCCUCUCGCCAGGGCGUGGGGGAAGAGGAGAGGCAAGACAAGAAGAAGAAGGCCAAAGGAACGAAGAAAGAGAAGCAGUCCAACAGUAAAGGAAAGAAGAUAACGGAGGACGUGGACGAGUCAGACAAGAAGGCCAAGAAGAAGAAAGGUUUUGGUUUACUGAGAUUUGGAAAGAAGAAAGAUGCGAAGGUAAAGAAAGCAGAAGCCAAAGCCACGCUAUUAGAGACAGAAGUCCGAGGUUCUGAGUGAAGAGGAGCUGGAGAGGAUGAAAGAGGAGAGAGAA